GCCACGGUUCUGGCUCCGCCCCCGAGCCAAUGCCAGGAACGGCCCUUUGUGACGCAGGACAAUGCCUGCCACGCGUCCCGUUCCUCUCUGCAGCCGGCCGCGGUCCUAGCGGGGCUAGCUUGGGAAGCAUGCAUUUCGUGCUCAGCUUCGUCCUUCUCUUUUGCGUGUGGGACACGUUGACGGCUCAGCAAGGCAGCACGGAAGAAGUGCAAAUAGAAGUUCUGCAUCGACCCGAAAACUGUUCUAAAACCAGCAAGAGAGGAGACCUACUCAAUGUCCAUUAUGACGGCUACUUGGCUGAAGACGGCUCCCAAUUCUACUGCAGUCGGACACAAAAUGAAGGCCACCCCAAAUGGUUUGUUCUUGGGGUUGGACAAGUCAUUAAAGGCCUGGACAUUGGUAUGAUGGAUAUGUGCGCUGGAGAGAAGAGGAAAGUGCUUAUACCGCCAUCGUUUGCCUAUGGAAAGGAAGGUUAUGCCAAAGGCAAGAUUCCAGCCAAUGCAACACUGAUCUUUGAGAUUGAACUUUAUGCUGUGACCAAAGGACCACGGAGCAUUGAAACAUUCAAACAAAUAGAUACUGACAAUGACAGACAACUCUCCAAAAACGAGAUAAAUCAUUAUUUGAAAAAGGAAUUUGAAAAAGAUGAGACGCCACGCGACAAGUCAUACCAGAAUGCAGUUUUAGAAGAUAUUUUUAAGAAGAACGACCAUAAUGGUGAUGGUUUCAUUUCCUCCAAGGAAUACAAUAUAUAUCAACAUGAUGAAUUGUAGCAUUUUCAUUAUAUUCUCUCACUGUACCUUAUGCAUAUUUAGUUAUUAUAUAUUUAUAUAAAGACACACAUGAAGUUGCAUUUUCCCCUACGAGAAUAUAUUUUGGUACCCUCAUGAAAAUGUAUGAUUUUAGUACAAUAAAUGGGAGGCUGUUUUGCAAAUUGAA